GAGUGGAGGUGGCGUACUCGCGCGGCCUACCUCAGAUCACCGUUCCCCUGCCCUCGCGGCGCGAGAAGUGUCGUUUCACGCUCAAGCCCAUCAGCAACACGGUGGGGGACUUCAUCGGUCAGCUCCACGCCGAGGACAAGGGCAUCGACCGGGUCGUGCUGAGGACGCUGCGUGGCACACGAAUCGCGACCAGUGACACCAUCGAAGCUCUGAUGGAGGAGGACUUCGAGCUGGUGAUAAAUGACGAGGUGUAUCACGUGAAGACACCGGAACUGGAACGACCCUCCCAGGAGGAGCUGACGACGCUGUCCAAUGUGCGGAAUCUGGUGGCGCAGCUCUACGAGGCGCUGAGCGUGGAGGAGCACCAGCUGAAGAAGGAGAGGGAGAUCAUAGCGCAGCUGGAAGACCUCAAGGUCCAGCUGGAGCCUAUGGAGAAGAAGAAGCGGGACCUGGAGGAAGCUUGCCACCGGCGUACCAACGUGCUCACCUGGGUCGGCCUCGGUCUCAUGGGCGUCCAGUUCGGUGUCCUGGCCCGCCUCACGUGGUGGGAGUACUCGUGGGACAUCAUGGAGCCGGUGACGUAUUUCGUCACCUACGGCACCGCGAUGGCAGCCUACGCCUACUUCGUGGUCACCAAGCAGGACUACGUGCUUCCGGACGUGAAGGACCGCUCGUUCCUUCUCUCCUUCUACAAGCGGAGCAGGAAGGGCGGCCUGGACGUGAGGAAAUACAACGAUCUGAAGGACGCGAUGUACGGGCUGGAGCGAGACCUCCGUCGGCUGCGGGACCCGCUGCAGAUGCACUUGCCGCCCGCGCACCUUGAGAAACCGAUCAACACGCAGUUUAGCCUCAACUCGCUUCUGUCUAUGCUCAAGAACAAGCCGAAGAGCACGUGAGACGUGCUGUCCUGACGUCCUGGGCCUCGGACCGCACCGCCGCUGGUGGGGACUAUACACCGUCGCGUCCGGCGAGCCCGUGCCAGAGGCGGGACCAGACGCGCGCCAUGCACGCUGGGCGUGUCAGAGGCCGUACACAUUGUGCCUGUGUUGAACGCGGGGCUCGCGUCGGGACGGUGCUGCGCCACUGUCAGAGGCGGUACGCGCUAGGCAUGGAUGGACUUCGCGCCUGUCGGAGGCCGUACGCCUGGCGCAUACAUACGUAGCGUGCGUGUCAGAGGCGGUACCCGACUGGGGGCGGCGUGGAUUUCAGCUCUGGACUCGCGCUCGGCGCCGGAGACUGAGUGGCCAUCGUCUGUCACGUGACUGUUCACGUGGGCGACGUGUCGUGUGAUUGCGUGUCACGUGGCCUGCGUUUGAGUCACGCGACCGAGCUGGACGGUGUUUUGAGUCGGUUCCAGCGUUCUUCCGGGUUGUGUGCGGGGCGUGAUGAGGUCACCUGAUGCGGUGCCUGAGGGCUUAUGUCAAACCAGUGCGGGCAGGGCAACGGUUUCCGGCGCGCUCUCGUUUCGAAUUCAGAAUCGGUGCGGGCGGAGCUCUGUUGAACUUUCGUUCGCCGGCUGCGCGGCUUGAUAGGCCUGCGGUUUCUGGACAGUUUCAUACUCGAGUGGCGUCGAUCGUUGAAAACUGUUGUUUCCGGCAACGGUAGCUUCCGAUGAAUGUCACGUGGACGUCGCGUGAAAAUGAGAGAAAGGCGCUUGCAGUUGAACGGUUGACGGUUGAAUUGUGACAAUACUGCUAUGCGGCGACGCGGACCUUGACCUCAGCAGGGUGUUCAGACUACCUCUUGGUGCUGGAGCAGUUUCGUUUCUAACCUAGCGUGGGUCACCUUUCCUAGGAACCAGCUACUGUCGCACAGACACAAACAACACUAGUUUUUUCUCUAUAAUGUUCGUGUGAUCUUCGGUGGAAAUGACCAGUUCCUUUUAGCGUUCUGUCAUUCCAGAUUUGGCACUCCCGUUUAGUGGAAAUAGCUAAUUUUGUAUUUGUUUUUGUUCAUCGCGUCUUGGUUGCCUUUCCUGUGGCCCAUGCAUGCGCUUACUUUCUCAGUUUAUGACUUAGGGAAGUUUUGGUAGUGUCAGUCUGGUAUCUCCAGUCUGACAGUUGGCAGUCAGUUAUAUGUUCGACAGACCGUCCUUUUUGUAUAUCUCUCAUUAUCCUUGUCUUUUUCCACUGGUCUUCUCGUCCGUGCAUCUGCCAUCCCCGUGAUUUCUGUCAUGUGCAGCACUGGGCCGUCAUAUUUUCCGUGGCAGUCGUUACCUAUUCUAUGCGGAAUCCCAACCGGCCUUCUUCCCAGCCCUUUGCCAGCAGGCAGGUGUUGAAUCUAUCCUCCAGACCCUGCCUGGUGGCGCGCAAAGCGUGCUAACGUUAUGAGUUGUCCUCCCAGCGUUUGUGUGGUAGCCAGCGUUAUGCGAUUGACUGACCCGUGGUGGCCCAUCGUGUAUGAAGCUUCCUGCCAAGGACCCGACCUUUGCGAAUAGCGCUCUUUCCCGAACAAAGAAGUGAAUACCGCACAAAGUUCAUCAGCGCUGACAACUCUCCUAGCCCUGCUCCCUUUGCUUCGGUGUGCGUUAUCUAUUUCACCGUGCUAUCCUGCCUGUGGUUCUGGUCUACCGAUGGCGAUGGUGCCCAUCGCCAUCGGCGGUGGCGGUUAUUGCCAUCAAUGGGCCAUCGCCCAUCGCGUGUGCCUGCCUUUCCGAUGAUUUCACGUGACCAGACCAACAGAACCAGCACCUCUACAGCAUUGCCCAGGCUGUCGCCCCGUUUCGGUGGUGGUAACCUGGUGACUUUCUGACCAGCUUUGACGCACCGCGCUGAGAGUCUCGUUGGGGCUCAUUGCGGUCCUAGUUAAAAACCUAAUUUACGUUUGAAUACCAGUCCAUGGGUCCUGCUAGCCUAACUUGCCUGUCUAAUUUGCGUACUUUGCGUACUUUGCGUACUUUGCCUGCUCCCAGGAGUUUGUUUUAUAAUGCCCCUAAUCCCACGCUUGCAGUCUUGGGACCCGGACGCUUUCGCCCAGCGAUAAGCAUGCAUCCCCGCACUGUUGCGAGCUGUGUAGGACAAACGGAGUAAUAUCUUACCGGUGCUGAGGCGUCAUCCUGCGCAUGCGCUGAGCGGCCAUCUUGACUCCCACGUUCGCGCGUUCGUUCUGACCUUCGGGCGGUUGAAAGUCGCGACCGUUGACCCGCGUGCAGCGGACGCCGUAUGGAGACACCUGGACGGACUGUGACGGUGCAUGCUGCACCGUCUGGCAGCGCGCGGGGCGGAUGUUCUCAGGCCUUCUCUGCAAUGUCCCAAAGCCGCAAGCUUCUGUCAUGUUGGCUGAUGUUGUGGGGGAGCUGCGUCUGGACCUAGGGGAAAUGUUAUGCUAAACGGCGUUUACCAAGAGGAGCGUGUGAUGUUGACGCCAUGCCGACGUGGAACUUGACCUGGGGACUCGUUGUACCGACUUCCGGACAAGCUUCGGGGCUUUGGGGGACAAGUCAUACGGACGGGUGGCUCCUCCUUGACGUGACCUUGACCUGGUCUUCACCUUGACCCGGCAAGAUGCGACACACUUCCCCAGAUGAGAAGGGUUCAUCCCAGUGACAGGAAAAGCCGAAGUAGGUGGCCCCUACGACCGACUGUGUGAUCAGUUAUCGCGAAGCUGGGAGUGGGCGUGCACAUUUGGGUUGCCGCGCGGUGAUGACCGCGAACGUGAAGCGUGACGAUCACCACCGCCGUCGGAUCGUGAUCGCGGUGAAGAGCUCCGGUGUCGACGUCCAGCACGUGGGCAUCCGUUUCUUGUGGUUGUUGGAAGCGUGCUCGGCCGGUGUGUGACGCGCGAGUUGUGUCAUUUCGACGGCGCGGGCGGUCGUGGGAAGUUCUUUGUGUGUGCUGGGUCGUGAUGUGACGGCGUGGAGGGGCUCUGGGGUUUGGAAACUGCCUGCGACGUGGAGGAUGUCCGGUAGAGCUGCCGACGCCCGCCUGAGUCCGCGCCGGCAGUUCUACCUGGACGUCGGUCUUCUCCGCGUCGACUCGGCGAGUUGCUCUUCGUCGCCCCCAGCAGCUUUUUGCCGUGUUGGUGCUCUUCUGACCAGCUCAAAACGAAUGGAGGCCUUUUCGCGUUGAUAUCCGAGUUAGGUGUUGGUGUGUUCAGGGUUAACCCGCCGCUGUUCGUCGUCAGUGUGUUUAAUUGGGACUGACUGGCGUGGCUCUGAGCUGUGGACAGUUGCUUUAGCAUUGGAUGCAGCAUGGAUGCAGCAAUGCUCCGAAGUCAUUUGUUAUGUUUCAGUAUCCGUGUAAUACGUCUGUUCUCCCAGCGUCUCGCUGUUUGGUUCUCCUGGGUUUGUAAGUGAUGGAUCAGCAACCAACUCCUGAAUAACCUCUGAGGACGGAACGUUAGAUAGCAUGCCUUCAAUACGCUACCGGUACACUACCGAUGGUGUGGUACUGCAGCUGCUAAGGUACCAUACCGCUUAGGUGUGCUACACACUAAACUACAUUUCUAAGAUACAGGUACUGAGGUGCUACGCAACCGGUAGAGCGCCUCACAGUUGUGUUUUCAUAAUUUGCGCCGGCCGUGCGUUCAGUAGAAUUCUAAAUGUUGGAAAAACUAAGAGUGUCCGCAACUAAAAGUAGGAACAGGUGUGUGAGUCGAUACAACUCCGCGUAACGGUCAUCUUAACCGGGUGACGCUGUGCGACUACUCUGCUCGAUUCGUCUUGUAUCUAUAGUUUGUUCGUUUGCGGCCUUAGUUUGUGCUUGUCGACGUUCGUUUUGUGUGGGGCUUGGCGGGGUAUCCACGUGCAUUCCCUCUCGUGACUAGUGAUUGGGACACUUAUCAGGUGUUGAGAAGCGUGCCGCCCGUCGUUGUCGAGCUCACGACGCGUGCCGUCUGUCGUUGAGCUCACAACACGUACCGCCUGUCGUUGUUGAGCUUACGACGCGUGCCGCCUGUCGUUGAGCUCACGACGCGUGUCGCCUGUCGUUGUUGAGCUCAUGACACGACGUUGCCCUGGUACGACACCUUACCGGAUGAGCUUUCCCUCGAUCCUUUCCCUUUCCGCGUAGGUUGGCGGUCGAAAGCCUAAAUUGUGUGACAAUGUCUCUCUGAGGCACAAUGAAUGCCGUUCGUGAUGCACGUUUCGCGUCCGAAAUACUUUCUCUUUGCCCGAGGAUCGAACCCGGGACCUCCCGCUCCAGACCGUCUUACACACUCCUCCGGCCCCGUUCGGACCCAAAUGAAAUAAAGGGGAAGAGCUGACUUGGGUUGCGCUUUGCGAACGGGCGAGUGGCUGUAACAGUCCUGGAGUGAGCCGCGGCCGUGGUGUUCGAUUGUGCGCCGCUCCUGGCGAUUGGUGACCCACGCUGGUGACUUGUGAGUGGUGACGGGCGGUUCUGGUGCUCCGAGUGGUGCGAGAUGAGUCUCGGACGCCAUCCGGGGACUUGGGAGCCGCCGUUUCCGGUGUUACUACGUUGAUCCGCACGGAAUACACGAUAAACCGACCGUUUCGUA